CGUCGGAGAAUCCAGCGGUUUCAGCUGCAUCCUCAUCCUCUGGGGUCCCCGAAGACGUUUUCGAAGACGCCUGCAGUAUAUGCCUUGAGCCCUUCACUACGGCCGACCCGUCCACUCGAGGAAAGUGGCUUCAGAAUUUCAAGCAAGUGCUAUUAGAUAAACUAAUAGACUUGGACAUGGGCUAUUAGAUAUCAUGUGUAUUCAUUUAUGCUCCGUUCCUUUUAAUCGGUGUUGAGCAGCUUGAGCUUUUGAAUGCGACUUGGUAACAGUGGUCCUGAUUAUCACUCUUUAGGCUUAAAUUCAUCUGAUAAGUGGUGUGAUAUGUUAUUCAGAUCAAUCCUCUAAUUUCUAGUUGCCCUGUUUUGGCUUUCUGAAUCAGUUAUAAAAUAUGUGCUCUUAUCUUAGUUUGGAGCUACUGAUUUGUGUAUUAAGGCUCCAUUUGUGUACCCAUGGAAUGCAGAUCGUUGAAAAUUUGGACAAAGAUUACCAGUUGCAAACAUGAAUACCAUCUUCAUUGUAUCCUUGAAUGGUCUCAAAGAAGCAAAGAGUGCCCAAUAUGUUGCCAGUUACUUGUCUUAAGGGACUCUGCCAGCCAAGAGCUUCUAGCUGCAGUUGGUAUUGACAGGCACUCAAGGUCAAGAAACAGUUAUUCUGCUGCUCCUACAUCUCUUCAUAGUUUCUGCAAGGACUUUGAUGUCGGGCAUGACAUACCUAAUUCAGAUGUCUCUGAUUUUGAUGAGCGUAUAAUGCAGCAUCUGACUGCUGCUACUAGUAGAGCUCAAUAUGUUUGUAGAAGGGAAAGGCAGAGGUAUACUGGGAAUGGUCCUUCCCAAGUUCUUGCUUUCACCUCUCCCACAAAUAUGUCACGGCAACCAUAUGCCGGUUCACCAGAAGAUUGCCCAAAUUUAAGUUACAGAUCAACUGGGGGUCGAUCAGCAUCUUUGGACAUACCUUCUGCUGACAACUUUGAACCUCCUGCAUCUGUGGAUGUUAAUUUGGUCUCCAGUACUCCUCUCAACAGAGAUAUCCCUUUUAAUCCCAGCAUUCUUUAUUGCCAGCCACCAUCUGAUAGUCCAAGAAGACCAAGUGCAUCUGAGAUGUUAUCCUUUCCAGAGACUCUCAAAUCUAAACUGUCUGCUGCUUCAUCUAGAUACAAGGAAUCAAUCUCAAAAAGUACCCGAGGCUUUAAGGAGAAGCUGCUUGCUCAUAAUGACUCAGUAAAGGAGCUAGGCAAAGAAGUUCAGCGUGAGCUGAAUGCAGGAAUUGUUGGUCUUGCACGAAUGAUUGAACGCCUGGAUCUUAAUUCAAAGCAAUCUGGAUCAUCUGUUCCUGUUUUCAGUUGUACUGGAGGCACUUCAAACCUCUCCUUCAAAGGGAAGGGUGUGGAAGGAAAUGUUGAUGCACGGUCACUUGACAAAAUCUCUGGGAAAAUUGCUUGUGAUUUAAGUCCAAAUGCAACCUUCAACUCUGGUGCUAUACAUGGACAAUCAGGAAAUCCUCACCCACAGAGUGGAUAUUGAUGCUGGUACUGGCUCUUCAACUGAACUCUGUUAUAUGAGCUCACUGCAAGGCAUAUGGUGCAAGCGACGAAAUGUGUUUAAACCAAUCCGCUGGUUCGUAAGCGUCCUGCAUUGCCUACCUAUAGUCUAUACAUGCGAAGUGGAAACCUUUAUUGAUCGGAUCAUAUGUUGUUCUGCCCUAUAGUGUUCUCCUUUCUUCGUAAGUAAGUUUUAAAUAGACAGCAGAUAAUUCCGACUUCCUAUUAUCUCCCAUUUGCAAUGUUUUUUUUUGAAGUUUUAAUUGCUUUCUUUCAUGUGGGAGCAGUGAGUCAUUUGUAAAGCAGUGAAUGAAUAACUUUGAGACUCUUUUCUACAAAGCAGUCCUCGUCUCUUUAGAACUUGAAAUCGUUAAUAUGCUUGGUAACCUAUCUUAAAUUUACAAUAAAGAUAGGUUCCUAAGCAGUUAAGCAUGCUCGGA